AUGGUCUAUGCUGAUAAUGAUAGUAACAUGAGGAAGGCUUUAUGGAAUGAUACAAUUGCCUACAGCUCUUUAUAUGAGGGUCCUUGGAUAGUUAUGGGAGAUUUUAAUGAUAUUUUAGCACCUAAAGAGAGAAUGGGUAGCUCCACUAUUCAAGCUUCUUCUAUGAAUGAUUUUAUUCUUUGUACCCAAGAGUCUCACUUAUUUGAUCUAUCUUUUUCUGGAGAUUUCUUCACUUGGUCAAAUAAACAGAUUGGCUCGGGGGGAGUUGUUUCAAAGAUUGAUAGAGUUUUAGCUAACAUUGAAUGGGUUAAUCUUUUUACUUGUUCUAUGUCUGAUUUUUUAAAUCCGGGUGUUUCGGCUCACUCUCCUAUGGUGUGUUCUGUUUUUGAACAUAGACAACAUGGCCCUCCUCCCUUCAAAUUCUUCAAUUAUCUUACUGAGGAGCCAGAUUUUCUUGACAUUGUGAGAGAAUCUUGGAAAGGUAUAAUAAAAGGUAAUCUUAUGUUUGUUUUGGUUUCUAAACUUAAGAAAGUUAAGCAUGCCCUAAAUGAAUGGAGAAGAGGUAAAUCUAAUAAUUUAACUGAAGAAGUGUGUAAAGCUAAAGAGGUAAUGAUAAUUUAUCAAAAUAAUGUCCAAUUAAGACCUCUUGAUGCCGAUGCUGCUUAUGUCGAAAGAAGAGCUGUAAGUGCUUAUGCUAAGGCUGUCAGACAAGAAGAAUCAAUGCUCAAGCAAAAGUCUUGGGUCCAAUUGAUGGAAUUAGGAAACUCAAAUUCUUCACUUUUUCAUAACUAUUUGAAAGAAAGAAGAUGUCGUUAUAAUAUUCCUACACUUCAAGAUUCUAAUGGUAAUAUGCUUGAUGAAGAUAAUGAAAUUUCUCUUGAAUGUGUCAAAUUUUUCUCUGAUUUGUUCAAAGAAGAUGUUACUUCUACUUUUACUGAUGAUGAUGCUGAAUUUGUAAAUUUUUCUAAUCUGGUGAGUGCUAAUGAUGCGUGUAAUUUGGUUUCUCCUGUUACUAGGGAUGAAUUUGUCUAUGCCUUAUCCUGUAGUGGUUCCAGUAAAGCAUCAAGACCUGAUGGCUUAUCGAGUCAUUUUUUCAAGGGUUCACUUGCUGAUGCUGAAUCACUUAAGACUGCUUUAUCUAUGUUCAGUAAGAUCUCAGGCCUUGAAUAA